AGAAUAAACAAGUGUUCAAAGUUGGUGUAGCGCAGUAGACAAUCCUUGUUCUGCUUUCCCUCAUUGCUCUCCGUCCUCCCUUACUCUCUCUUUACUGACAUCAGAUCAGCAUUAACAUCUUUCACUGUCAUCAUGUCUGAUCUUCAACAAGCCAUGGCCUUACUCAUUGGGGUCUUCCACAAAUAUGCUGGUAGUGACCAGCUCCUCAACAAGGCUGAGAUGAAGAUCCUUCUGAAGCGGGAGUUUGGUGACACGCUGGGGAAUGUAAAAGACCCAAAAGUGGUCAAUGAGAUCUUCCAAGGCCUGGACCAGGAUGGCAGUGGAACCCUUGACUUCGAAGAGUUUGUCACAAUGGUGGCCCUCCUGACUGCUAUAACCAAUGACGUGCUUUGCAGAAUGAAGUGAAGAGAUAAGAACAUUGGAGGCACCUUUGAGAAAAAUAAAGUUUUUCUUAAUUAUUUUGGAGUGAUGUGGUCUGUGUGCUGAAACAUGACUGCAGUAAAAAGUGUUUCCAUGAUUACAUUAUCUCUC